CGUUCGUGCCCCUUCUCCACACGCGCGCGUCUCCUCCCUCUCCCUCUCUCUCCCCGGCGGCGGCGGCGGCGGCGGCAGGCGAACCGGAUCACGAGCAACAAUGGCGGCGAAAUGCAUUGUGGGGGCGCUGAUCGGAUCCCUUGGCGUUGCGUAUGUCUGCGACACGAUUGUUUCUGACAAGAAGAUCUUUGGAGGCACUGUUUGCAAGACUGCCACUGACAAGGAGUGGCAGCAGGCCACGGAGGCCAAGCUUCAGGCCUGGCCUCGCACUGCUGGACCGCCGGUCAUCAUGAACCCCAUCAGCCGCCAGAACUUCAUCGUCAAAGACUGAAUAGGCGGGGCAAGCUGGGAUCAGCGUCUUACUUCCUCCAUGGAGUCAAAGUUUCUUUUCUAGGUUUUUGAAGUCCUAAUAAAAGGGACUAAAGUCAGGGUAUACCUUUUUUGCAGUUUUCACUGCCAGUGCGCCACUUUUGGGAGCAUAUUGCUCACUCGCC